AUGUCGUCUUCAACACUCGACCUCGACACGACUGCAGACGACAGGUGUUCAGCUGACUAUGAGCUUCUACCAAAGUCGGGCUCUACGGCUAUUGCAGAGAUGCAGCGAUUCGACAGACAAACUGGCUCAGGUGUUCAGGCACAAGAUGGUGAACUGCUUGAACCGAAACGAUCCCUUGUCAACGUGGAAACUCGCCCAAAGGAAUUCCAGCAUCGCCAGACCCAAUCCUGUGGGGACUUGUACAACUUGGAACACUUUCCCUUGGAAUAUGAGUGGAGCAGUCCAUCGGUAGAAGCCUUGCAAGCGCCAAGAGAGGGGGAAUCCAGUCUGGACUUCUUGUACAACUUGGAACACUUCCCUUUGGAAUAUGAGUGGAACAGUCCAUCCGAGUGCGAAAUGACUUCUGAGAGCAGCAGCUUCUCUGACAGCUCCUUCUCUGACCGCUCUUUCUCUGAUAGCUCAUACGCUACUACAACGACUCAAACUGAAUCAACAACUUGGUCAUACACCAUAAGCAUGGAGUCAUCCUACGACAGCCUUCCACCGACAGCCUCCAGUUAUCACACCGACAGUUCUUGGGCAGAUGGCGGCACAGACGACUCGGCUUACUGUCUUCCUCUCUACUCCAGCAGACCUCAGCGAAGUGACUUCUAUACUGUGAGCCGCGACAGUUCUGAUGCGGAAGGGGUGUUUGGUUCGGAAUGGUCGUUUGGUUCGAAGCUGAUAAAAGGCAAAUUCAUUCCUCCGUUCGAUCCUGUGAAGGAAGUGCGCAAGUUGGCACUCAGAGCCAUCGAUGUGGAUGACUUCCUUGGACUGACACCAGAAUACUUGCUGAGCUACGUCUUCUUCGACUACCGUAUGUUGUUGCGCCAGAUGUUGAACAAAGGGAAGGAACUGAAGCAGACUUCACAACAAGUCAAUAAAUGUGAUUGCGUGUUGAUGUGA